CCAAACUCUCCUUCGAAGCAAUACUUACUAUCAUUCCUUCCAAACGAGCCGCCAAUCGCAUCGUUGGCCAUUGGCACGACCAGCGAAAUUCCACCCACCGCACACCCCGAAAAGCUGCAUGGAAAUCGUGAACUCUUAGACAUCCUACACCAUGUGAUCGCAGAGAACGCUAUGAAAGACCCUGAGGUUCAAGCACAAGCAGCCAUGUACGCGUCUCAAGCAGGUUCCUCUACAAAACAAUACGCAGGCGGGGGCGGAACUGGUGGGGAUGGUGCGGGUGGGGCAAGCGCACAGGGAGGAAUGGGAGGAGCAGGCCGCGGAGGAUAUAUUCACGUCAGUGACCAACGCAACCCGCCUGAUUUCGGCAGGGUAGCUUGGCCUGAGGAUAUAUUUGGCAGUCUGGAGAUUGACGGUUCAGGCAACUUCGUGGAUGGUACAGGGCGAUAUCAGCGGAGCGGUACCUAUCGUAUUGCUACGCGCGAAGGUGUUCUUGGACUGAGCAGCUACCUCCGCGAGAAAUUGAUCGAGAAGCUCAAGGAGCUGGAUGCCCAAGCAAGGAAGAACUCGUAG